AUGAAGAAUUUCGGCGCCAUUUUUAUAGGAGCCUUUAGGAGCGGUGAGGUGCUGAGGUGCUCUGAGGUGCUGAGGUGCUCUGAGGUGCUGAGGUGCUCUGAGGUGCGGGUCAAGUCGAUAGUGUUGCGGUCAUUUUACGAUGGUUCUUGCCACGCCGGAAGUUCGUCGCUCAAUUCUUCCUUCUCCGAAAACACAGACACCCGGCAGCAGUCAGCAUCCACGUUCUGUCCAUCGAUGUCGUCUGCGUUCAGUAAAAUAGAAAAAUCUGACUCCGAGCCGGAAGCGGAAUUCAGACCGACUUUUCUCGUACCGACGACCGGAAGUGCUAGUUCUGUUUUUCCCGGGAUUUAUCCGGGCUUCUAUCCUCCAUUGUUUUCUAGUCACAUGCAACACGGGGCGAGCGUCGCGAAUUCUGCAAGUAGAAGUAGAAGUCCGACGGAAGUAAACGACAGAGUUUCAAGUGCAAGCGUCGACGAUGGAAAGAUUGACGCAAUUCCAGAGAAAAACAUGUAUUACUACGUCGAUCCGAGGAUACCGUUUACGAACUAUUUUCUGAACUUGACGAAAUUACUCAGCGGAAGUAGCAAGGACUAUAACGAAGCGACGACGCCGUUGACAAAGUUGGGCAGCGAGGAGACCAGGGCCGACGAUCAUGAACCUGCCGUCAGUCCGCAGUCCACAAAAAGUCCACGGUCUAUAUUUAGUCCACAGUCCACAAUUAGUCCAAUAUCGACUGUUUCUAGUCCUAAAAAACGAACACCUUCGCGUCAAGGCGCGUCAACAGGAUUCCAUGUUCCACCUUUCGGGAACCAGUAUCUUUCAUCCGGCCCUGUUGCCGUUUCCGGCAGGGCCCGGUAUGCGCAGAUUAAACCUGCCGCCAUUAAGAAGUACAAGUGCGAUACCUGCGGAAAGGCAUUUUCACGAAGCAACACUCUCACUCUGGUAACACAAAAGCGUAUCCACACCGGAGACAACCCAUUCAAGUGCGAGGUCCGGCAGCCCGGAAACCUUACCCGCCACCGCCUGACCCACACCACCGUGAAACCGUACGUCUGUCCGACCUGCAAUAAAGCUUUCAACAGGGCGUCCAAUCUACACACGCACAUGCGCACUCAUAACUCCUACAAAGCGUACGUCUGUCCGUACUGCGGCAAGGGGUUCGAGCAGAAAGUGGACAUGAAGAUCCACUGCAAUACACACACUGCGCACCUGCCUACAUCCGGGUAA